CGACUCAUAAAUUUGAAAGGCGUGACGAAAAUAAACGCAAAAGAGCUCAUAUAAACAAUUAUUACUAUGAAAAUUAUCAUAAAAGAAUUAGUGAUGAUAAUAUUGAGAUAACACCUCGAAGUACUCCAAAAGAGAAUCCAAGUGCUGGAAUGUCUGGACUAUUUACAGCACUUCUUUUAAAAGAAGCUGGUAUUAAAGACGUUACCAUUCUUGAAUUUCAAGAUCGUGUUGGUGGACGUGUUCAUACUCAUUAUUUUACUAAUGAUCCUAACGAUGAAAGGCGUUUAUAUGGUGAACUUGGCGCAAUGAGAUUACCUUAUGUCGAUGGCCGUCCAGAUCUCUCUGCACAUCAGCUAGUUUUUGAUACUAUCGAUUAUUUAAACAAAUAUAAUAAGAAAGACAACCCAGAUAAAAAAAUCAAAACUAUUCCAUUUAUAUUUAGCAAUCCAAACGCUUUAUAUUACUUCAAUAACAAAAAGGCUCCAGAUGGUAAAAUAAUGACCAAAAAUUACUCUGCAUCUGCUAAAGUUACUCAAUUAGGCUUUCCUGAUUCACUACCGGAUGAUUAUGCUGAUCUUUGGAAUGAGGCUUUAUCACCUUUUUUUAAAGAGCUUGAUAAAGAUUUUGAAAAAGGCAUUAAAGCUUUAAAACGAUAUGAUCAGCAUUCCGCUUACUCUUAUUUAAAAGAAAUAUUUCUUCCUGCAAAAUUCCCAACAAAAUGGGAAGAUUAUGACGAAAUUAUUAAAGCUAUUGAAAUUAACGAAGCGGGCAUAGGCAUUUUUAGUGGUUCUGGUGAUUAUAAUAUAAGUUGGAAAACUAUUGACAAAGGAAUGCAACGAUUACCUAAUGCUUUCUUGCCAUUGAUUAAGAAGGCAAAAUAUAAAUUAAAGUAUAAUAGUGAAGUUUUUAAAUUGGAAAAAACUAAUGAUGGUCAAAGUGUUAAGGUUCAUUGGAAAACUAAGGGGAAGAACAAAUCUGAAAUCUUUGAUAGAGUAGUUAUUACUUCUUCUUUGGGUUGUGUCCGUCAUUGGGAUUUGCCUUCAACAUUAUCAUAUGAUAAACGACGCGCAUUGCGUGAAAUAGAGUAUACAAAUGCUGCAAAAAUAUUUCUACAAUUUAAGACUCGUUUCUGGGAAAAAUCUCCUCUCGAAACUGGUG